GCCAACAAUUUUUUUAUUGAGCGCCUAUUGUGAAUCAGGCACUGAAUGUACUAAGCGUUGGAGAAACAGGUGUAUGAAGCCGGGGACAAGUCAUUCCGUGUGUACCUUGCCCUGGUCCCAGAGGGCGGGUCGUCUCUUCCCAAAGCUGUACGUUUCUGGGCACCGGAGAUGUGAAGGGCUGCAGGGAUUGUUUUCCCACAGUCUCUCCGGAGCGUGGCUCCCUCGGGUGUAGGGCCAAGUUUCUCCUGCCUCUAAAACCUUCCACCAACCAUAUAAGGAAAGGCAGCUGCUGGGGGCGUCACCAGGAUCUAAAGAUAGCGGCCCCCGCCUCGAACACCUAACGGCACCGGGCUGCGGGAGCCGCCAUGGCACGGCAGCAUGCCCGGACCCUGUGGUAUGACAGGCCCAAGUAUGUGUUCAUGGAGUUUUGUGUUGAGGACAGCACCGAUGUCCACGUGCUCCUAGAAGACCACCGCAUUGUGUUCAGCUGCAAGAAUGCGGAUGGAGUGGAGUUGUACAAUGAGAUUGAGUUCUAUGCCAAGGUGAACUCCAAGGACUCCCAGGAUAAGCGCUCUGGCCGCUCCAUUACUUGCUUUGUGAGGAAAUGGAAGGAAAAAGUGGCCUGGCCCCGGCUCACCAAGGAGGAUAUCAAGCCAGUGUGGUUGUCUGUGGACUUUGAUAACUGGAGAGACUGGGAAGGGGAUGAAGAGGUGGAGCUGGCUCAGGUGGAACAUUAUGCAGAGCUUUUGCAGAAAGUCAGCACCAAGAGACCUCCCCCUGCCAUGGACGAUCUGGAUGAUGAUUCUGACAGUGCCGAUGCAACAAGUACUUGACUAUGGCUGCAGCAUCAAAUGGCAAAAUAGCAGAGAAGUAGACCGGUGGGACUGCUGACUUCCUACCAAUUAGCUAUCAUCUCCGUGUUUGGGCUCCCUUGAGUAUUUGAGCAUGUGUGUGUAUGAGGUAGAGCAAAAGCCAAAGAAGCAGCAUAUAGAUUAUAAUAAAUCUCUAGGAACUGGUCUGUCUCUUUCCUGCUUGUAUUUCUUCCUCCUGGAGGCAAGCCUCUUCUCCCUCUAUAGUUUCUCUUUAAGGGAGGGGGCAGGAGUGGAUGUCAGAGAUCCUGGCCCUCAUUGCUCGAGAAACCAGCCUUUCCCUAUGUGGCUAAUACUGCCACCCCUAGAACCAGCCAGAAACCCACCUCAGCUUCCCGCACACUCCAGAAUCUCUUUAUACUUUUAAAGGUGGCAUUAGUUCUUUAAGAAAAAUACUGCUAAUACAAAGUUAUAUUUGUAUUAUGUUUUACAAUUUACUGUUUUCUCUUUAAAAUUUUUUGAAUGUCCUAUGGACCCUAUAAAAUGAUUAGUCUUUUCUUCAUAGGUAAUCAAACAGGUUACAAUAAGUGGCAAAGUUGGAACUUGAAUUUGUAUAGCAUGUCCCCUUAUCCACAAUUCUGAAAUAUGAAAAUUCCUGAAAACCAACAACAACAAAAAUUGACACCAAAACUCAUUUGACAGCAAAACAUGACCUAAAAUGAUGUGAGGCUAUUUAUAGUCUGUUUAUUCCAUUUAGUGUAUUUAUUUCUCAUAAAUAUUAAUGAUUUUGAUUACAUGAUAUUGCUCCUGAGUUCCAAAUGGAGUGUGUUAAGUAACACAUGGAGUAUGCUCUCCAUUACUUCCUAAAAUCUGAAAAAUCCUAAAUUCUGAAACAUCUGGAGUCUUCAGGCUAUUUAUUAGUUAAUUUGAAAGAGCAGAAAGUAAAUUAACUUUAACUUUGAAACGGUUCAAAGUUUUAAGGCAUUGACUGCAGUUUGUUAACUUCUCUUAACCUCUGUCUACACUGUCCCAAUUCGGUAGCACUCGUCACAUGUGGCGCUUGAAUUGUGGCUAAUCUGUAAUGAGAUGUGAGUGUAAAAUAGACCAGGUUUCGAAAAUUUUAUACUGGAAAAAGUUUAUUUUUAUGUGCCUAUUACAUGAUGAAAAAUUCUGGAUAUACUGAUUUAAGUAAAAUGUGUUAUUGACAAA